AUGGUGGUGGAAUCCUGGGUUACCCUGGAGGAAAUGACAAAGGAGCCAGGGAAGCCAGCUGACUGCAAGAAGAUGUGCCCGCUGCUGCUUCGGGUCUUCAUCACCCAUAAUUGCUGCCACCACUGGGUGCAUGAGUUCUCCCACGGAAACGUACUGUCCAGCGAGCUGCAGGUAGAACUGACUUUGAUAGAACUGACUAGUUUAGUAAAAGAAAUACACCCAGAAACUAGAAAGAAGGGCACACAUUUCUAUUUUGCAGUUGUUUCUACGAAUAUUAAAAAACCUGGUCAUCGAGUAAAGGAGAUUGCAGCAUCGUGUCUGGCAGAAAAGGGACUGAUGAUUCCAUGA